AGAACCGCAAAUCGACGUGUCUGUUAUAAACGUUAUUCAACACACAGAUUCUGUUUCUAGUCCCCAACUUCUACAGUCUCCACCGUCAGACACCGAUGGCUCCCAAACCUGCAUCCACCGCUGGCAAAGCUCCAGCCUCCACCGCUGGAAAGGCUCCUGCUGCCACCGCUUCCAAAGCCCCAUCGAAAUCCACUGAGAAGAAGGCUGGCAAGAAGACAUCCAAGGUGUCAGCGCCCGCCGACGGGGAGAAGAAGAAACGUAAGAAAGUCAGGAAGGAGACUUACUCUUCCUACAUAUACAAGGUCUUGAGACAGGUCCACCCGGACACCGGUAUCUCUAAUAAGGCCAUGUCCAUUCUGAACUCAUUCGUCAACGACAUUUUUGAACGGAUCGCGUCGGAAGCAUCCAAGCUUGCUCAAUACUCUAAGAAAUCCACCAUCUCUUCCCGUGAAAUCCAAACCUCGGUUCGUUUGAUUCUUCCCGGUGAACUUGCAAAGCACGCUAUCAGCGAAGGAACCAAAUCUGUCACUAAAUUCUCUUCGGCUACCACGACCAAGUAGUUCCGCGUCUUUCGAUGCAAGGCUCCUCGCUGUUGUACACUUAAAGCACACUAUGUAUCCACU